UUUUUUUAAAAAAAAAUAUUUCUUUUUUAUUGUCAAUCAACCAUGUCAACAUUGUCGAACAGUCAAAGUGCAAUGCUGGCUCAGUUGAUAUCUUCAUAUUUGAAUGAUGAAACCAAGGUGCAUGGUAGUUUACCUUUUGUAAUGGAUGCUCUUGUGACACGGUGUCUACUUAAAGAUCAAGAAGAAGAAAGUGAACAAUUGUCAAGUGUACGACGAAAAUGGACCAUUCGCCUUAACUCGUUGAUUCAAUCCAAACAAGCUACAGCUAGGUGGACAGCUAUCGUAUUGAUCAAGUUAACAUGUGAACAAUCAAACUCUCUUCUUUUCGCACAUAUUCGAUCUUGGACUAGUCAACUGUUGGGUGUGAUUGCAAAACCAGAAACAAGUAUGAUACACAAAGCUGCUAUUGAAACGUUAUCUUACCUCUUUACAUUCACGUCUUCGAAACCGGAAUUACAACGUGAAAUCACUAUACCGAAUUUGCCUCGAUUCAACCAGAUAUUGCUCUCGCUUUGCAAGAAUGAUCUUCGUCCGGUUGUGUUUUCAGCGUUGAAAGAAAACAUUAUACACUUCCCUUCUCAAUCGCGUCACAUUAUUGAUCAUUGUUUGAAGCUUUGUCUUUCUUGCUUGGAUGGUUCUGGAAACUUUGAUAAGGAUACAAUCUUGGCUGCUUGUCAAUGUCUUGCUGUGUUGCAUCAUACUGGAGGCAAGAUUAGCAACUCGGAUCAAUGGGAAGAAACGCUCAAUCGUCUUGUGGGAACUAUUCAUGCAUGUUUGAAUCGAUUAUUUGACACUGUCGAUGAAGAACUAGAAUUGGGAGAACUUUCUCCUUCUUAUCCAAUGACUGACUUAUCUCCUGAUCCUAUUGAAUCCUUUCCAUUGAUUACUCGAAGGAUACAAGCUCUGAACAAUGCUAUUGCCACAUGUUUAAGUUCUCCCACGUUGAAUCUAGUAUCUGUUCCUGUUGUACAACUAGUUGAUUUGGUUUGUCGUAUCUACAAUGCAUUCGAAGGAUCUCUGAUGCGUGAAUUUAAAGACAAGAAUGAAUUUACAUGUUUGAUGAUGUGUCUUCCAACUCUUCAUUUGAGUGCAAACAAAAUAGUGUCAGCUUUACUACUCAGUUCUGGAUGCCAUCUAUCAAGAUAUACCAAAUUAUUUUCUCGGAUUUUUAUACGACUUUUGAAUGAAUACAAAACUCAAAGAACCAUGAAAAUUUCAGUAUAUAACAACAUUACGUUAUGUUUGCAACAAUUUGGUUAUGGUUUCGGUGAAUCUAUCGGUAAACCUCUCGUGGCAAGCGUUCUUAAAGAUAUAUUGGUGACUGAACAAAAGGUGACUGAUAUGAUUCCCACGGAAGUAAAGAACAAGUCAAUGAAAAGAAAACGUGAUGCUUUGACUAACUCGGAUAGUUUGACAGCCAUUGGAACCAGUACACAAGCUCCUUUUGAUAUUCAAGUAGCUGCUUUGGAAUCUUUACAACAACUUAUUAAUUGCUUUGGAUCAUCCAUGGACUUACAAUCUCGGAAUACGAUUGAUGCCAAUGUCAUUUCUCGUCUUUUGUCUAUGACUCAAAAAACACUUGGAUCCACCACAGAAAAUGAAUUGCUAAUCAAGGAAAAGCUCUAUCAAUGUCUUUUGUCCUCUGUCAUGAACCCUAUUGAAGUACAAGCUAAUGUUUUACCUCAUGCUAUUCGUAUCUUUUCUGCUGGUAUCAAUGAACAAAAUCACAAGCUCCAAACAAUAUGCAAAUAUGGAUUGAACAUCUGUGAUCUGAUUAUUCAUCCUCGAAUGCCACCUAUUCAAUCUACUAUGAAUACUAUUACAACCAAAAUCAAUCAAGCAGAACAACAAAAUGAUAAGACUAUGAAAUCCAGUGUCAACACUUCUACGUCAAGUUAUCCUACUACAACUGACACCAUCACAGCAAAUAUUUCUCAAAAAGUUGAUAGUACAAACUCAAAUAUCAGCAUGCCCAAGCCAAGUUACCCCGCAACAACAAGCAUAGUUGGUCAACAAUUCAAUGGUACAAACAUUCAAGUCGCAGAAACAAUCAAACAAGUUACAACAAACCCUUCCGAUAUUGAACAAUCAGUUGGUGCCUCAAAUGGUAAACUUGAACAAAAUGAUAUCGAAAAGACAGCAAGCAAGUCGAUGGUGACUGAAACUAUAGAAAACGUUGAACAAAGUAUUACAUCAACGAGCAGUUCAAUUGUACUGGAUGAAGAGGUGAUAGAGGAAAAGAAACUAUCGACAAGCGAAAUUAAAUUUGAUAUCGACGAUGAGAUGAAUCAAGAUGAAACGGAAAUAACAAUGACAACAAAGCAAACCGAUAUGAAUGAUAAGGGUGGUAGCAUAGAAUUAAAUAGCUCAACUGCAACCAAUCAAGAUAAAACAAUUUCGACGAGCAACACAAUUACAAUUGAAGAUGAUUCGGAUGGUGAAUAUGAUGUGGAUAUGGCUAUACCUGAUAUUGACAUGACUGGCCCUGAUACAGAUGAAGAAGAAGAAUACUAAUUAUAGUGAUAGUUUUGAUAUAUAUAUAUAUAUAUUGUAUAUUUGUAUUUUUUUUUUUAUUAUUUUUGGCAAUUUCUUCAUAUUAUUGCAUUUUAUAUUCAUUCAAUAAAUCAAAAAUUCAUUUCAUGAUUAUCU